AUGUAUGGGUGGCCGUGUAAACAUAUCUUCGUUGUGUUCAAAGACCUGAACAUUGAGGUUAUACCUCCUGCUCACAUUAGCUUAAGGUGGACGAAAUUUGCAUUUAGCAAACCUCUGUUCCAUGUCGUUGACAACAUUUCAGAAGAAUGCGCCAAAAUAAAUGAUAAAAAAAUCCUGCUGAAUAAGAUAUGGUCGGAUGUACAUAUUUGUGUGGGGUUGAUCGAGACUCAAAUGGACCAGCUGGUCGAGUUUUCUAGACUCAUCGAAGAGCAUAAGCGAACCCUCAUGGUCGAACAAGGGGGUGGUGUUUCAGCCUUUGUUGAAAGGGAAGAGAGAUUUGAAUCUUUUGUCGGGAUCUCUGUCCCACAAGAUAUACGCAUCCAACCUCCAACACAAUCGAAAAACAAAGGGAGCGGAAAAAGGAUGAAGAGCAUGAAGGAGAAGUCAAUUGAAAAGUCGCAAAAGAAAAGGAGGCUAUGUAAGACGUGUGGUGAGAGGGUAGGACAUAAUGCACGAACCUGCCCAAAAAAACAAUAG